AUGGAAAUGGGCGCCAACUCGGUCAGCGAUAAUCGCCAGGUCGUCAUGACACUUGAUCACGAUGUGCAGAACGACUCUGAGCAGAAUCUGCGCAAAUAUCGUCUGAUCGAGGAGUUUGCCAACAAGCAUGGCAUAGAUUUCUAUCCUGCCAAGACUGGCAUUGGCCAUCAAAUCAUGAUUGAGCAAGGUUAUGCGUGGCCAGGAACACUUACAGUUGCCAGUGACAGCCAUUCGACCAUAUACGGAGGCAUCGGCUGUCUCGGCACCGCCAUUGUUCGCUCCGAUGCAGCGAGUAUUCUCGCGACCUCGACCAUCUUCUGGCAAGUCCCGCCGAUUGCAAAAGUCACCCUUACAGGCGUCUUGCCGCCCGGCGUCACAGGCAAAGAUGUCAUCAUUGCGCUCUGUGCCUUUCUCAAGUCCGAUGUGCUGAACAUGUGCGUUGAGUUCACGGGGUCUGAGCAGACGCUUGCAAGCAUCCCUGUUUCGGAAAGAUUGACUAUCGCAAACAUGGCUUGCGAAUGGGGGGCGCUAUCAGGACUCUUCCCCGUCGACGACACGCUUGUUUCUUGGUACCGUGCCAGGGCAUCAGCCGCAGCAGUUACGGAUAGUCCUACCCAGUCUCGUAUCAAUCAUGAGCGGAUUGAUGAGCUCCUGGAGAACUCUCCCGUAGCUGAUCCUGGUGCUGUGUAUGCCAAGGAAUUCUAUCUGAAUCUAUCUACUCUUUCACCCAUGGUCGCCGGCCCCAACUCGGUCAAUGUCGCAACCCCUGUGGCAAAGCUCGAGACUGAGAACAUCGCUAUUGACAAAGCCUAUCUCUUGAGUUGCACCAACGGCAGGAGCACGGACUUUGCAGCUGCUGCUCGCGUCUUCCGCGAGGCUGGUACCGAUGGCAAACCUGCCAAGAUCCACCCCGGGGUCAAGCUCUAUCUUGCACCGGCGUCUCUGGCUGAACAACGAAUGUCGGAGGAAGCCGGUGACUGGCAGGUUCUUGUCCAGUCUGGGGCCGAGCUUCUACCCGCCGGCUGUGCUACUUGCAUUGGCUUGGGUCGUGGCUUGCUGGAAGAAGGCGAGGUGGGCAUAUCGGCAAGCAACAGAAACUACAAAGGCCGCAUGGGCAGCCCCAAGGCAUUGUGUUAUCUCGCCAGCCCCGAGGUGGUUGCCGCCAGUGCUAUCAAAGGCCAUAUCGCUUCCCCUAACUGGUACUUGAAGCCUGAUGGCGUUGAGAAGGUCAUUAUCGGCGAGGGCACCGGUGAUUAUGUAGCUGACAAGGCUCGAUAUACCGGAGAUGCUUUUGAAAAGCUCAUUGGCGAGAUGGAGAGCAUGAUCAGCGCCGCUGAAGGAGGCGCCGAGGCAACAGCAAGCCCAAUAGCUGCUGAAGACGAGGUCUUGACGGAUGUUGUACCAGGCUUCCCCGAGAGAAUCGAGGGCGAGAUUGUUUUCUGUAAGCAGCUGGAUGGCAUGACGGCAGAGCAGAUGGCCGAGGUGUGCAUGGAGAACUACGAUACCAACUUCCGCAAUGUUAUUCGACCAAACGAUAUACUGGUAGCCGGGUAUACCUUCGGCUCUGGUUCCUCCAGGGAACAGGCUGCUACUUCUAUCCUGGCCAACAAGAUUCCUCUCGUCGUUGCCGGCAGCUUCAGCUCCAUCUUUCUCCGCAACAGUAUCAACAAUGCUCUCCUUGGGCUUGAGAUUCCCAAACUGGUCGAGCGGCUUCGUGAAGCGUACAAGGAUGACGCAGAGAAGCCUCUGACUCGUCGAACGGGCUGGAAGCUGCUAUGGGAUGUCCGCCGGUCUCAGGUCACCAUUACGGAGCAGGAUGGCACGUCCUGGGUGCAAAAGGUGGGCACGAUGCCUCCCAAUGUCCAGGAAAUCAUCGCCAAGGGAGGUAUUGUGAAGUGGGUGCAGUCUACCCUGCAGGCAUGA